AUGAUGAGACCGUCCAUUGGGAUUGAUUUCCUCUCGGACUUUGGCGUAGCCAACAAUGUGAAAGCAUGUGCCACUGCACUCUCCAUUCGUGGCAAGACCGCUUUGACCGGCAACCAAUUGGCUCUACCACCCGGUAAUGAGUUCUCAGCACCUCCUACCCACUUUUACAGCAUAAUGCAUUACAAUGGCACCACAGUCUUCUGUCUCAAACUUCUCUUCCAAUGGAAAGCAAAGCUUUUCGCCUACUAUAAGCAAACGAACCAUUCAUUUUUUCGCCACCUUUUUGAACCAAUCACUUCCACAUUCACGUACCUCAUUGGCUAUACCUCGCCUAGACGGGCUAUCCACAUUGAUCCCGUGUUGGAAACUGUCCAACGUGAUGAGAAAGUGAUAAGGGAGCUGAACUUGGAUUUGCUCUUUGUGCUCAACACGAACGUGCACGCGGACCACGUGACGGGCUCAGGAGCCCUGAAGGAGAUGUUCGCUCCCACCUGCAAAAGCGUCAUCUCCGACUCAUCGGGCACGUUAGAUCACAAGGUAGCUACCGCAUGGCGUAGAUUUUGUGAGACUAUCAUGAGGAAAUGUCAUACGAACGGUUGUUUCACCUACGUGCUCCACUCGGCACGAGAGGCCUUCACAGGGGAUGCCUUGCUCGUUCGCGGCUGCGGGAGGACGGAUCUUGAGCAGGGCUCGCUCGAGACCCUCUAUGAAUCCGUUCACUCGAAAAUACUAUUCCUUCCCGACGACCACCUCCUCUUUCCUGCUUACGAGUACUCGGGUUGUAUGAUGACCACUGUGGGAGAAGAAAAGAAGUAUAACACACGACUUGGCGUGUCAAAAGAAAAGUUUGUUAAAAUUAUGGAAAAUCUGAAUCUUUCAUACCCGAAACAAAUUGAUCGGUCUCUUCCACUCAACCUCAAAUGUGCAUAUGACGAGAAACCUCUCGGCUCUGAAAAAACGUUUCAGCAUUAUAUUAAAACCCGAGAGCGGCUUUAUUGUUGUAAUAAAAUUGCCAUGCUGUGCCUCGAGUCCUCCUAUACCGAGUUAAGCCAAGGUAGUAUUUGUUGUUAUCGCUUCACAUUCUUCAUUGUAUCAACCGCAAGGCCGCUCACGGGACUUCCUGAUGAUAAAACGCAUGCUGAAAUGAACUUACACGCCAAUUUUCUCCAGUUAUGGUCCAGCAAAUUCCCAUGUUCUGUGGAUCCACUUCCUCAGCUUGAGUGUUUAAAGGCGGAUCAAUUUCUCACAGUAAAUGAACAGCGUGUUGCCCUUGAAGUUGCUCAGUCAGAGGUAUCCGCCUCCAUCGAUCGCUUGCAGACAACUCUAAACCAACAACUAUUUAUAUCCGACUAUCUGCGCACCUGUAUAACGAAAUUAAGUGCAGUUUCUCGAGUAUUUAACGAACUUGAAAAUGGGGAUGAAAACAGUGGUGGUGAAGAGGCCCCAUCCCUUAAGUCGGAUGAGAGACAGACCCCACCACAGAGUGAUUCCAACAGCGCAACCGCAUCAGCACUUAAUUUGUCCGUGCCAUCGCCAACCCAAGCCCCGUCUCUUUCGCUUACUCCGCCCUUCUUCAACUCCUCUUCUCCACUUCUCUCGGAGACGUCGCGAAACCUCCUUUUGCAUUCCGCCCUCAAUUCCCAGUCUGCAAAGACUGAUUCACUACCAAUUAAGUCAGAGACUUCGCCAGUUACUCAGCGCCUCCCUCCAACUACAGUGGAGGAGGCUGUUCGGUGCAUGGUUGACGACAUAUCAGCUGCGACUUCCAAGACGAACAGCAGCCACGCGCAUCCCUACCAACAAAGGCACAAACUUUCCUCGCCCGUCCCUCCACCACCCGCCCCUGCGCCGCCUCCACCACCCUCCCUGACCUCGGGGGAGUUUCCCACCAACACAUUUAACGCUGCCCGUGCUGCCGCCGCUGCUGUUUCCGCUGCUCUUGGCUUCCAUUUUCCCCCACCGGACAUGUUCAGCCUCAACCCCCCUGCGCCGCCAGGACCACCACCACCUGCACCACCAACCCCACUACCAUCGAAGACUAAUGGUGUUUCGGAUAGUCCUGAUCCCCAGAAUACGAAAAACGGUGCUGAUGACUAUGCCUCGCGACCCUACCGCUGCACCACCUGCGGCCGUGGCUUCGCCGUGAAGGCAGGUCUGAUGCAGCACCUGCGCACGCACACCGACGAGCGACCCUAUCCCUGUCCUGAGUGUGGCCGCGCCUUCAAGCAGAAGAUCCAACUAACUACCCACAUGCGCGUGCACUCAGGUGAGCGACCAUAUGGCUGUCGCAUCUGCGGCAAACUCUUCCGUCAGCAGAGCCACGUGGUACAGCACUUGCGGACCCACACUGGCGAGAAACCGCACAAGUGUACCCGGUGCAAUAAGGCCUUCCGACAGAAGUACAGCCUCAUUUCGCACCAAAGGCGCAUGUGUCAGAGCAGGUCGAGCUCCAGCUCUGCUCUCAUAGCUGGGAUGACAAUGUGGAUUGGGCCGGGUGGGAGAGCGGCAGAGAAGGCAGCCGCGAAGGCCGCUGCUGCCGCCGCCGCUGCAGCAGCAGCUGCCGCACAAAACGGACUACGUUCUGCGCACUCACCAACUCUUCUUCCACCUCCUCCUAUUACAAGCGCUGCAUCCUCACUGUCACUGCCGUUUUCCACACCACCACCGGCUUCGACUGAGCGGAAUCUCUCACCCGGAGCAACGUCCAGAGUCGAAGACCGCUCCUCCUGCAGCCCAGCAAGUUCUCAUGGCGGUGGCGGUGGGGGUGGUGCCAACUCCUUUCGUCAGCCCUCACCACAUCCCAAACACUCCCCCAUCGGUGGACUCAACUCAGCUGCCUCUUCGGCUGGACGAUCGUUCCACGAGAAUGAUUAUAGCAUUGCCACUACUUCCUCAUCCUCAUCCUACCCUUCACCCUUUCACUCGGGUGCAACCGAUCUCCGUCUGAACAGUGGCGGCGGCUUCCAAUCUAGACUGGACGAUACCUCAUCCGCCGCCAUGGAGACAGCAGGUGUCUAA